CCAUCCAUCUGUCCUACUGCCUUCUGCUGGAGGGAUGAGCCCUGUUCUGUGUGUGUGAAAGGAAAACAUAUAGAACAGAGAGUGAAGCAGAGGCAAAAAGCAAGAACCACGUGUGACCGAGACGGUUGCUCUCAGCAGGUGACAUCGGGAGACAUGAAUCCCGCCUGGGUCCAGCACCUCAUUGUCCUGGGGACGCUGCUGGGAGCCGGCGACACCAGUACGAAUACGUCAGGUCCCUGGUGCUACUAUGACCCAAAAUGCGGUCCAGAGACAUGGGCGGGGCACUGUAAGGGCACCAGGCAGUCCCCAAUCAACAUCAUCACCCCUGCGGCUGUCCGCAAUCCCCACCUGGGGCCUGUGUCCCUCGCUGGCUAUGGGGAUGCCGGGAAGCUUAUCUCCAUGGAAAACACGGGGAAGACAGUGGACGUGCAUUUAGCGGAUGGGCUCCGUCUCAGCGCCCAGGGGCUCCCAGCUACCUACACAGCCAAAUCCUUCCACCUGCACUGGGGCCAGGGGGCAGCCCGGCCUGGCUCGGAGCAUUUCAUCAAUCACAAAGGGUUCUCCAUGGAGCUCCACAUUGUUCAUACCAAGAACAACCUGAGCAUGGAUGACGCCCUCAAGGAUCCCAAAGGAAUUGCUGUGCUGGCCUUCUUCAUCCAGGCAACAGCCCACGCACGCCCCUCCCCCUCCUGGGAUUCCUUCACCCAGCACCUGAAGAAGGUGGCUCUGAAGGAUAAGAAAACGAAUCUGGACGGCUCCUUCUCCCUGAGGGGGCUCCUGGGCUCGGUGGACCUAGCCCGCUAUUACCGCUACCAGGGUUCCCUCACCACCCCCAACUGUGACGAAGUCGUGGUCUGGACUGUCUUCCCCGAGCCCAUCCUGGUGCCUCCUGGUGUGUCCAUGUGUCGCACCAACCGGAGCACCAUCGGGGGUUACUUCCUGGCUGGUCGAAAUAUGGUCUGGUGGCCGGUGGGCGCGUCUCUCUUCGCCAGUAACAUCGGCAGUGGGCACUUCGUGGGGCUGGCUGGCACCGGUGCUGCCAAUGGCCUAGCUGUGGCCGGCUUUGAGUGGAAUGCUCUCUUCGUGGUUCUCCUCCUUGGAUGGCUCUUUGUACCUGUCUACCUCACUGCUGGGGUGAUCACAAUGCCCCAGUAUCUGAAGAAGCGAUUUGGGGGCCGGCGAAUCCGGAUCUAUCUGUCCGUCCUGUCCCUCUUUCUCUACAUCUUCACUAAAAUCUCAGUGGACAUGUUCUCGGGGGCUGUGUUCAUCCAGCAGGCGCUGGGCUGGGAUAUCUACGUCGCUGUCAUUGCCCUGCUCGUAAUUACCACCAUAUACACCGUGACAGGGGGGCUGGCGGCCCUGAUGUACACCGACACCGUGCAAACCUUCGUCAUCAUUGGGGGAGCCUUCGUCCUCAUGGGCUUUGCGUUUCACGAGGUGGGGGGCUACCAGGGGCUCUUUGACAAAUACCUGGAGGCCCUUCCCAGCAACACCCUCUCUCCAGCCCCGGCCCUGUACAACAUCUCAGCCACCUGCUACCAGCCCCGCCCCGACGCCUUCCACCUCCUCCGCGACCCCCUGACCGGAGACCUCCCCUGGCCAGCGCUAAUCUUCGGCCUCACCAUCAUCUCCACCUGGUACUGGUGCAGCGACCAGGUGAUUGUGCAACGUUGCCUAGCGGGCAAGAGCCUGACCCACGUCAAAGCCGGCUGCAUCCUCUGUGGGUACCUGAAGCUGUUGCCAAUGUUCCUCAUGGUGAUGCCAGGAAUGAUCAGCCGCAUCCUCUACCCAGACGAGGUGGCCUGCGUGGUGCCAGAGGACUGCAAGCGGAUCUGUGGCACUGAAGUCGGCUGCUCCAACAUCGCCUACCCCAAGUUGGUGGUGACUCUCAUGCCUGCCGGUUUGCGGGGGUUGAUGCUGGCCGUGAUGCUGGCCGCCCUGAUGAGCUCCCUGGCCUCCAUCUUCAAUAGCAGCAGCACCCUAUUCACCAUGGACAUCUACAACCGCCUGCGGCCCCAGGCCAGGAGCAAGGAGCUGCUGAUUGUGGGCAGGGUGUGGAUCUUGUGCAUGGUGGCCAUCAGCAUUGCCUGGAUCCCAGUGGUGCAGGCGGCGCAGAGCGGGCAGCUCUUCGAUUACAUCCAGUCCAUCGCCAGCUACCUGGCGCCACCCAUCGCUGCUGUCUUCUUCCUCGCCCUGUUCGUCAAGAGGGUCAAUGAGCCCGGCGCGUUCUGGGGGCUAAUCGGGGGGCUGCUGAUGGGCCUGGCCCGUCUGCUGCCUGAAUUCGCCUACGGCACAGGCAGCUGCAUCUUCCCCAGCGCCUGCCCCAGACUUAUCUGCGGGGUGCACUACCUGUACUUCGCCAUCAUCCUCUUCCUCGCCAGCGUCGUCCUGGUGGUGGGGGUAUCACUUUGCACCCCGCCCAUCCCCGACAAGCACCUACAUCGGCUGGUGUUCAGCCUGCGUCACAGCAAAGAGGAGCGCGUGGACCUGGACACGGAGGAGGAGGAGGAGAGAAGGAGGCAAGAAACGAGGCAGCAACAGGGAGUGGCCACGAACGGGGCUGUGGAGCACGUCUUGGAGGUGGAAGGCCCCCCGGCCAGUCAGCCCCAGGGCUGCGUGGGGCGCUGCAUGGCGUGGCUGUGCAGCCUGGGGGGUGCAGCGCAGCGGGCACCGGAGCCAGGUGCGGAGCGGCUGCCAGACAUCACGGAGCACCCGACCUGGAGCCGGGUCGUCAACCUCAAUGCCAUCGCCAUGAUGGCCCUUGCCCUCUUCCUGUGGGGCUAUUACGCCUGAGCCGCUGCCAUGGGGAGCCCUCCCGCCUCAGCCCCCCCACGGGGCGCUCCUGCUCUGCCACAGGGCUCCCAGGCCACCUCCGCCCCCCACUGCCGCCAAAUAAACCCUCUUUCCUGUAACCCGCCCCCUGCACCCUCUAUCCAAUGUGGCAUCUCCCUGGGGUGGGGGGUCCCCUCUGCCCUAUGCCAUAGACCCCCCCACUGCUGUGCACCUUCCCCCUCCCGCAAGGUAUAUUCUGGGGGCUCCCCUCCCCCACAACCCCAGUACAGAGACCACAGGAAGAGAGUGGAAACGGGAGGGGGACAGCAGAGCCCCCAGCCCCUCACCGACCCCCAGCCCGGCCUCCCACCA